AUGGCGAGACGUUUUACUCAAGCAGAAAAAGAGAAGAGCUUAGCACCUCCUACUGAACCACCACGAGUUGGAAGAGUAAAAGUCCCUGACUUUGACAACUCAGACCUGAUGAAGCAACACAAUCUAACCAUAAUCGGAAGAGUAAGAAACCCGAAGAUCCAGCGCUUAUGGUCACUCCUUCCCUUCUUCACUGAACACUGGAAGACAAGCUCACCUCCUGUCGGAGCAGAUCUGGUCCAAGGAGUUCCAGUUCACAUGUGGAAUGAGGCCAUGUUAAGAAGCAUCAGAGAAGAUUUGGGUACUUUUGAAAGUUCGGAAAUAACAAAGGCUCACGCCAAAAUGAGAGUUCAUGUCAAUGGACUCUUACCUCUACUCAAAACAUACACCCUGGGAUUUGCUAAUGGAGAUGAAGUGAUAGCUACACCCGUGUAUGAAAAGUUGGAGAAGCACUGUAGCCAUUGCUCGCUUCUGGAUCAUGAGAUAGAGGAAGGCCCAGAACUGACAAAGGGAGAUGAGGAAACUCGACAUCUACCUCCACUACCACAGCAAAGAAGAAAUGAGGUUUUCAUCUGCAAUUUACAAAGCUCAGGUGUCAAGCAUAAGAGAGAUGAAGUAGUGUACCCAACUGAACGAAGGAAGGCGCUCGAUACCUAG